AUGUCAGGUCGAGCGGCUAAUUUUUGCAAAGAAGAGGAGCUUUUCCUUAUUAGUUUAAUUGAUAAGUAUAAAAAUGUAAUCGAGUCAAAAAAAAGUGAUGCAAAUUCAUGGAAGGACAAAGAAAUGGCAUGGAAAAAAGUGGAAGCAGAAUUUAACGCUUCAUGCAAGACUAAUGGAGUCAGGCCAUUAAAAGUUUUAAAAGAAAAAUAUAGGAAUCUCAAGAAAAAAACCAAAGAGAAGUUUUCAAGAGCCAAAAUGGAACUUAUAAAAACUGAGGUCCUGUUUAUAAGCCCCCAAUAG